UUUAAUGAACUCCUUGUUACAACUUGACAUUUUCUUUGGUUCUUUUUAAAGAUAACAUUUACUGCAUACUAGCCCUUUUUUCUUUCCUUUUUUGGAGCAACUGAGCUUACUCCCUCUCUUUCCGUUGUUCCUAAUCAAGCACAAUUUUUCUUUUUUGCCUCUAUCAUGCCACGUAGUCGUUAUGCCUGCCGAUGGGGCGAUUGCGAUCAGUUUCUCGAGAAUGCCGAAGCUCUUUAUGAACACUUAUGCGACGACCAUAUUGGUCGUAAAACAACAAACAAUCUCUGUCUCGAAUGUUGCUGGAAUAACUGCGGCAUAAAAGCCGCCAAGCGCGAUCAUCUCACUAGUCAUUUGCGAGUGCACCUUCCCUUAAAACGUAGGGCUAUUUCUAUGAAUAUGUGAUAAGCGACUCUAUAUCACUGCUCUAAUAUGAAGCAUUUUUCUUCUUCUCUGGAUAAUAGCACACCGUUGUCAUGUAAGUGAAUAUGGAUAAGUAUCAAAAUCCAAGAAAUAUUGAAUUAAUUUGGCCCAAUGUCCCUAUCAAUGAACAACAGACUUGCAAGAAAGCUUUUAAGCGUCCACAAGACCUUAAAAAACAUGAACGCAUACAUACAAUUGAACAUAAAGCAUCGUUGCUAAGCAACCAGCCUGGAUACAAACCUGUUCGCCGUCGGCGCAAUACGCAGCAACAACAACAACGGCAGCAGCAACCAAUAACUAACGUAACACAAGUGUCAAAGCCAGCGACCAUAUCAUCGACCAACCCACAGAGUCGUUCGCUAUCUACAUCUACCAGCAGGAACGACGGUGAUACAGACGCAGGAUACUUUUCCGAAAUGUUGACUGGGAGCAGUCCAAGCUCAUAUCGAGGAAGUGCAAAUUCAUCGACUAGCUACCAUUUAACUACAGAAACAGAGGACGACGAUGGGAAUGAUAGCGACAGUACCUACGUUACUCGAGUACGGAACAAUAGCGAGAAUAAUACAACGUUCAAGAUGGAAAGACAACGCGGAGCAGCAUGCACUGAGGAUAAUCUAAACAAUAAUAAGAACAGCAAUAGUAGCAGCAGCAGUAACAGCAGUAAUGUCGCUAGUGAUGCUUUACAAAACUUUCUGUACGACGCCAUCCAAUCAACAACUCUAUCACCUGAUUAUGAUACGGAAAUGAUGGAACGACUGGAUAGCAUCUCUCAUGAGCUACAGCGACAACAAUUUAACAACUGGACAGCACCAGUCAAUGAUCCCAACGACAUUAACACAUUACAAAACUGGCUCGAACAGCUAUCAGCCAACAUUCAGACCGAUGUGUGCCUGUACCCUGAAAUCACUUCGCCCUACCAACUAGCUACUGCUGGUGUGACCAUGCCAAGCAAUCCUGACAACGAAUUGUAUCCCAGUGCAGAAGCGACAAUACCGGACUGGAAAGCCAUGAUGAUGACAUAUUCGGACAAUCCUUUGGCAGCCACUCUACUUGAACAACAGCAACAGAAGAACAAAAGUGAUCUCACACAUGGGAUGCCACCUUCUGUUCACUCUUCCGGCAACACGUUAUCUUCUUCAAACAGCAACAUGAACGGCGCAGCCAGUUCGUUAGGUGCCAGCUUCUUCACGCCCGGGAAUUCUGCAGAGGUCGAGAUUCAACCCAUGGAAGAUGCAGGACCGUCAGAAGCGAUUGAAUUCGAAUCAUCCGCCACGACCAUGGUUUACAGCAAACCGCAGCCGCUUCAUCUGUUUGAAUCAUCUAAAGAAGAGACGGAGACUGCCAAGCAAAAUGUACAGUCGACUCUGCACAGUGACAAGAGGAGUAUGAUGCAUAUGCUGAAUGCAUUUACUGCACCUGCCGCUGCUGACGAUGAUGAUAAUACAAAAGAAAGAGCAGUUCAAGUCAGCAAAGUAUCUCCACGAGCAGUAGCAACAAACGAUCGACACGAAGCACCGUCAUUACCUCAAAAAGACAAAGAUGAAAAGAAAAGGGUUGGAGACGGUGAUCACGACAAUGAAGAGCAGUUCACAGAAGAAACGCUUCGAUUACCACCUAUAGCAACAUCAACAGCAAAGACAACGUUGGAGACACGAUUGAAUUCGCGCGAUUCUAUCACACAAUUACUAUUCAGCAAAAUCGUCGACGAGAAGUCUCCUACUAUGCAGGAGCAUGACAGCAAGCAUCGACAAGAACUCGGCAAGAAUUCGUCAAGGGACAGGAAUAACGGCAGCGGUGGUUCACCUUCACCUUAUGCAGAGCUCGCCGACAAAUUGCGCGAUCUGACUGUUGAUGCCGACAACAAAUCUGCAGAAGAAUGCGCACGACAGCGUCAUGCUGCGAUCGUUGAUCGACUUUGGGAAGCCGUCUUACGAGCCAAGAAAGCAGCUAAUAACAAAAACGCAACAAAACAUCGUAAAUCGCCUCCUCCUUCUACUUUUAAUGUACGUGAUACCACCACUACCGCUACUGAUGCACAACAACAACAACAAAAGCAUUAUCAAGAUGUUCAGACCCCUCUUGUAUCAGUUUAAACAACAUUUAUCACGCUCUUUCAUACCACCAGGCAUGCCCACUUUCUUUCUUUCCCCCGUUCUCUCUCUCUGUCUUACACACGUAUAUGUAAUUCCUCCUAUAAUUCCAUAUCUUUUUGUCCAACCAUUUGCCAUUUGAUACCUUUUCAUUUUCUUAUAUUUUGCUGGAUAUACAUUUAAUAUCGAUCAUUUUGUGGCAAUAUAACAAAUAUCUUGAUUAUUCAUUUU